AUGGCGCUGCCGGGAGCGCCACGCCGCGCUGCCUCGCCCGCAUUGACACCCGCCAAGACGCCCGCCCGGGUGCCGGGCGCAGCCAGCGUGGGCUCCGCGCCUGCCGAGGCACGCGCAAAGCGCACUGCCCCGGCCGGCUCGCGCGAGAAUGGAUCGAUCGAUGUCGACAUUGUGGAUGGCUUCGAGUUUCGAUCGCAGGCAUCCAACUUGUCUGUUGAGCCGGCCGUCAAGAUGAAGCGCCCGCGGGGCAAGAGGCGAGCGCCGCGCGCUCCCGCCCGCGAGCUGCCCGCGGCGACAGAGUCUGUGCCAGAAGAGGCCGAGGGCUUGCGCCUGCACCUCUCCAGCAGCAGCGCCACCGGGUACAAGGGUGUGUCGAAGGGCGAGGGGGGCAACCUCGGCCGCUUCCGAGCGCAGACGUAUACGGGCGGGGAGAGCAGUCACUUGGGCUUCUUUGACACGGCGGUGGACGCGGCGGUUGCCUACGCACGGUCGGUCGGCGCCAAGCGCCAGAAGUGCGUCCUCCCCGGGCGCGAGCAGCAGCUGCAGCAGCGCGACCCGCAGCAGCUGCAGGAGGGCGACCCGCCGCUGCUCGAGCGGGCGUCUCUCCAGGCGCGCCGCCCCAGCGCGACCUCUGCACACAUUGCGGCAGCUCCGGCCACCCACCCGCACCCUCGGCGCGCGUGGCCGGCCACAGUUUACUCGGCUGCGCACCUGCGCGGCCCGCAGCCCGCAGGCCACCUCGGACAGCACGCGCAGCCAGGCAAACGGAUCCGCUUUGCGAAGCGCCCUUUCGACUGCGAGGUCGAGGCGGCGGCUAGGAUCGCUUCGCCGGGCAAGCUGCCGACCUCGCUUGGAGCGGCUGCACUGCUGCCGCGACGAGUGCCGCGCCGGCCAUCGACCGCACGCGACCGCGAUCCUCCCGGGGCGGAGGAGGCACCGGCGGCGGCGGCGCUCCCGAAGGCGCUUGUCGGUGGCGAGGAGCCGCCGCCGCCGCUGCCGGGCCGGCGGAUCCGCGUCUACUGGCCGGCGGAGGAGUGCUGGUUCCGCGGGCGCGUGAUCAGCAGCAGCGCUGUGGUCGGGCAAACGAUCCAGUACGACGAUGGCGAGACUAAGCGCCACUUGCUGGAUGUCGAGGGUUGGCAGUGGGAGUACAUCACCGUUGGCCGACGGAAAGCGGCCAAGCCAGCAGCGCAGCCGGCGGCGGAGCCGGCGGCAGCAACAGCGGAGCCGGCGGCGGAGCCAGUAGAGGAGCCAGCGGCGGAGCGGGCGGCGGAGCCCGCGGCACAGGAGCCGCCGGAGGAGCUGCAUUUGCACCUCUCCUGCAGCAACACCACCGGCUACAGGGGGGUCUUCAAGGACGCGCACGGCCGCUUCUACGCGCAGCACAAGAUUGGCGUGAGGACGGUCAGCUCGGCCUCCUUCGACACGGCGGUCGAAGCGGCGGAGGCCUACGCGCGGUCAAUGAAAGACCCCGCCUCUCUCGCGGCGGCCGGCGGAGCUCCCGUCGCCGGCAAGCACGACCUCGAGCCGCCCGCAGCAGAGGCGCUUGCGGAGGCGCCCGCGCCAGCUGCCGCUGCGGCAGCGGAGCCGCCUGCAGCUCUGGCGACGGGGGAGUCGAGGAGCGCAGCUGCACCGCUCCCGCUGCUGCCACAGCGGCCAUUCCGACCUCAGCCCUUUGGAGGCGGUCACGCGCCGCUGUCUCUGGAGGAACGGAUGCGGCUGAGCGGGGCGCCGCCUCUCCCUCCGCUCCGCAAAGCGCAGGCGCCCGCACAGGCCACGGUCGCCACCGUCGUCGUCACUGCCAGCUUCUAG